AUGCGCCUCCGCGACUGGGUCUGCGCGGCAUGCGGCGCGAUCAACCUCGGCCAGCGCCAGUCCUGCUUCUCGUGCGGUGCUGUCAAGUGUGCCAACGCACGUGCCGCCACUCGUCAAGUCACAGAAAUCGACGAAGCCGGGCCUCCGCCGCGGAUGACUGACACAUCGGCUGCCGGGCUUCAUCUCGCGUCGACCGACGCCGCCUGCAAUGUCGAAGGCACCAGGCCGGCAGCCUACUACGCAGAGGCCGCAGCGCGGAGAGGCGGCUUCAAGCCCGAGAGCUUCCGCGUCCGCGCGAGUGAGGCGGCGCGGCGAGCGGCAGCCGAGGCGCAGCGGGCGGAGGAGCGGCGCGAGCGGCAGAGGCGGCGCGAGGCUACCGGCGACGCGCGGAGUCGGGGCGUCAAGACUAGCGGAGCGGAGAGUGACCAGCCGCUCGGCGAGCUGCUCGACUCGCGGGACGAAGUGGACACCCUCUCCGCCUCGCUGUGCGCCGUGAUGAGCGGCGUCGUACAGGCGAGCGCCAGACCGCCGGAACAAGGUUGGAGAGGACACGCCGAUUAG